CAGAUAUUCCGUCAAGCGGAGGUGUGUUGCUGGCAAUAGAAACUUUCGAGUUUUCUCAUCUUUUUACAGGAUGACACACAAUUUCCUCCCUUAAUAUCUAUAAAACAUGUAGUUGUUGUGCUUUUCCACCUAUAGCCAGAGUUGUGAAAUUGUGUACUUGACGAAAAUAUGGGCAGAAACAUACUGAAGAGUAGUCUCCAGAAUGCAUCUUUCAGCAUUGUUUUCCAGAUCCUCUGCAGAUGCGUCACAUUUGCCAUCAAUGCUUACAUCGUGCGCUCAGUGGGACGUGAUGUUUUGGGCGUCAUGAAUGUGAGGCUGUUGCUUCUCGAGAGCACCCUCUUAUUCCUCUCCCGUGAAGCCACCAGCCGGGCUGCCCUGAGCGCCACGAGUCUUCAGCGGAGCUCCUGCACCUGGCCCCAGUUGAUUAAUCAAAUGUGGCUGACAGUUCCCAUUUGUGCAUUCCUCUGCCUCCCCUUCCUGUAUAUUUGGCUCAAUUUACUCUCAGCAGUUGACCCACAACUCCAGGACCAAUACGCUUUCGGCUGCUAUGCCAUUGCUGUCUCUUGUGUUAUUGAGAUGUGCGCAGAGGCUCCAGUCUUUCUGGGGCAGGUUUUCUGCUUCGUAAGGCUGAAAGUUGUCUUAGACACUUUGCACAUUUUUGUUCGAUCUGUGGUCUUUAUUACCAUUGUGAGCAACAACAAGUCCAUCGCUAUAUAUGCCUUUGGAACAGCACAACUUUCCAGCGCUCUGACCAUAAUUCUGGGAAAUUACAUCUUCUUCUACAUCUACACAAAGAGGCUGAAUGAUUUCCGGCAGAAGAAUGAGGAAGAAAAGAAAUCUCUGCUGGAAAAGAUGGGCUCGCAGUUUGAUCACAUGGAGGACUUUCCACUCAAGUCAUUGACUGAUCUGCUGCCCAAAAUUCAACCCAGUGGAAUGAAAUCACUCAACGCUGAUCUCCAAAUUCUCAUCCUCAGCUUCGUGAAGCAAGGUAUCCUUAAGCAAAUCCUUACUGAGGGAGAAAAGUAUGUAAUGUCUGUGAGUCCUGUGCUGUCCUUCAGCGAGCAAGCCACUUACGAUGUGGUGAACAAUAUGGGCAGUCUGGCGGCUCGCUUCAUUUUCCGUCCCAUCGAGGACAGCAGCUACUUCUACUUCACCCAGACCAUUGCGAGGAACUUGAAACUGAAGGAGCAGGAGCCCGAGAAAGUGUCCGAGGCCAGCAAAGUGUUGGCCAAUGUGUGCAAAGUCGUGUUGUCAAUUGGUCUCAUGGGUUUUGUCUUUGGACAGAGCUAUUCUGGGACAAUUCUUCUGCUCUAUGGCGGAAGAGAUUUCGUGGCUGGAGGAUUGCCAGAACUUCUCCUGCGAUGGCACAGCUUGGCGAUUAUUCUGUUGGCGGUGAAUGGUAUCAGCGAAGGCUACAUGUUUGCCACAAAUACCAGCAAAGAGAUUGAUGGAUACAAUUACUACAUGGCGAUCUUCUCAGUGACUUUCCUCCUGCUCUCUUACCAAUUGACGAAUCUUCUGGGACCCGUAGGAUUUAUCUUAGCCAAUUGUGCCAACAUGAUCUUCCGAAUAGGCUACAGCAUCAGCUUCAUACAUCGACAGUACAGGCCAGUUGGUGACAAUCCUCUGAGGAAGAUUCCUCCUGGACCACUCUUUUUGAGUACUCUCAUUGCGUGUGGGGUGAUUUGUAAGAUCUCUGAGGCAAAGAUUUUGCCAGCGUCUAUGCUCUAUCACCUUGUAAUAGGUGCAUUCUGCACUGUAGUGUCACUAGGCGUUUGGUCUUAUGAGAAUAGGGAUCUCAUUUUGCUAGGCUUUAGCAAAUUCCGCACCAAAGUAAAGAGUCAAUAGUGGAAAUUCAGUGUGCAAAUGUGUUUUUUCGCGAUGUGAAUAAAGAGCCUCUAAAGUUUGUUCAAGACGAAACAGUCUGAUUCGCGCCA